AUGUCCAGUAGACAGUCGAAAAAAGAAAAGGAUGCGACGAAGAUCAGCAAGGACAAGGGAAAGAACGGCAAGGACGGCGAGACCAGUGACGAGGCUAAUAAGGUAGCAGGAGGACCACCGGCAACCAGUGCACCACCGCCACCAACGUUGAUUAACAAGAUUAAAUAUCAGCCUGGCGGUCCUGUGAUUAAGAAGGACAAACGGCAAAGUAGUUCAAGAUUUAACAUAUCGAAAAAUCGCGAACUCCAAAAGUUGGCGCCCUUAUCCGAAACGCAACAAGGAAACGAGAGAGAGGAACUGUUCAUCCAGAAGUUACGACAAUGUUGCGUGCUGUUCGACUUCGAGUCCGACCCCCUGUCGGACUUGAAAUGGAAGGAGGUGAAGCGUGCCGCCCUCACCGAGAUGGUCGAGUACGUCACCAAGAACAAGAACGUGAUCACGGAUGCGAUAUACCCUGAAGCGGUGAACAUGUUUGCAGUGAAUUUGUUUCGCACUCUUCCACCAUCGUCGAAUCCAAAUGGAGCGGAAUUCGACCCGGAAGAGGAUGAGCCAACGUUGGAAGCAGCCUGGCCUCAUUUGCAGCUUGUCUACGAGUUCUUUUUACGAUUGCUCGAAUCUCAAGAUUUCCAACCGUCCAUAGCGAGACGUUACAUAGACCAGAAGUUUGUGCUACAACUUUUGGAGCUGUUCGACUCGGAGGAUCCAAGGGAGAGGGAUUUCUUGAAGACUACGCUUCAUAGGAUCUAUGGGAAGUUUUUGGGACUGAGAGCGUAUAUUAGGAAGCAGAUUAACAAUGUUUUCUAUCGAUUUAUAUACGAGACAGAACACCAUAAUGGUAUCGCUGAACUUUUAGAGAUUUUGGGAAGUAUAAUCAAUGGAUUUGCCUUGCCACUGAAAGAGGAGCACAAAAUAUUUCUUUUGAAGGUGCUUUUACCUUUGCACAAAGUCAAAUCGCUUUCUGUGUACCACCCUCAAUUGGCGUAUUGUGUGGUUCAAUUUCUGGAGAAGGAUCCAUCGUUGACCGAGCCAGUUAUUAGAAGUCUGCUGAAAUUCUGGCCCAAAACACAUUCCCCUAAGGAAGUAAUGUUUCUAAACGAGCUCGAGGAGAUUCUGGAUGUGAUCGAACCUGCCGAAUUUCAGAAGGUCAUGGACCCAUUGUUUAGACAAUUAGCUAAAUGUGUAUCAUCUCCACACUUUCAGGUGGCUGAAAGAGCUCUUUAUUACUGGAACAACGAAUACAUAAUGUCUCUUAUAUCGGAUAACUAUUCAAUCAUACUACCAAUCAUGUACCCAGCGUUCUACAGAAAUUCACGAAAUCAUUGGAACAAAACUAUUCACGGUUUGAUUUACAACGCGCUGAAGCUUUUCAUGGAGAUGAAUCAAAAAGUAUUUGACGAGUGUACUCAACAGUAUUAUCAGGAUCGUCAGAGAGAAAGGAAGCUGAUGAAAGACAGGGAUGAAGCAUGGAUGCGUGUCGAAGCAUUGGCGAUGAAACAUCCGAAUUAUAACGUGACUGUAAAAGGUGUCACGAGCAUGACAACCAGCACGAUAUCGCAGCAACAAUUAGACAGUCCUCCACCGGACGAGGACGGCGAUACAGAUCAAACGCCGCUCACGUUGGAAAAGAUUGAAGCGAAAGCGAACGAGGCAAAAAAAAUGACCAACUCCAAUAAAACAAAGCCACUUUUGCGAAGGAAAAGCGACUUACCCCAAGACACGUACACAAUGCGGGCAUUGUCCGAUCACAAACGCGCAGACGAAUAUCUUGUUACGCCACCGGAUCCCAACAAUUGCUAG